AUGGCUUGUUGUGACGCAUUUCAUCCUACGUACCUAGAGGUCCAUCUAUCGUUCGACGAGACGCCUGUGCGUCUGCAAUACCAGUACGAUGUAAGUGUGAAUGCCCUGAGCACGCGUCGCGCUAAGCAGACCGCCAAUGACGGAAGAACGAAUGUUGUCUUUGGUAGAAUCAGGUUGGCCCGCUUUCGAAAGAGCGAACCAUUGGGUGUGGGUGUCUGGUCGCCGGCUCUAGCUGGUCAACAGUUUAAAGACACAUAA